AUUUUCUUCGCCAAGUCCUACUUCGCCUCUUCUUCUCAUCUCACUCACUCACUCUGCGCCAUUUUGAGUCCCUUUCUAACGCCAUCUCUCUGUCGCCGCUCCUCCGGCGUUCAUCUCUACCUCUCUCUCUCUCCGCCGAUCUCCGGUUCGCCGUCGUUCGUCUUUCCCGCCGUGGCUUCUUCUUCGUCCGCCUUUCUCCUGCAAAACCCUAGCAUCCCCAGACCCUUAAGGUGAAGAGUGAAAAUCUUAAUCUAAGACAAAAUGAGGAUUAUGAUAAAAGGUGGUGUGUGGAAGAACACGGAAGAUGAGAUCCUUAAAGCUGCGGUUAUGAAAUAUGGGAAAAACCAGUGGGCUCGAAUCUCGUCGCUUCUUGUUCGGAAAUCUGCUAAGCAGUGUAAGGCUCGCUGGUAUGAGUGGCUUGACCCUUCCAUUAAAAAGACUGAGUGGACAAGAGAGGAGGAUGAGAAACUACUCCAUCUUGCUAAGCUCAUGCCAACCCAGUGGAGAACUAUUGCACCAAUUGUCGGGCGUACUCCAUCCCAGUGCCUUGAGCGCUAUGAGAAACUUCUUGAUGCUGCUUGUGUUAAGGAUGAGAAUUACGAACCAGGAGAUGACCCACGAAAAUUGCGCCCUGGAGAAAUUGACCCAAACCCAGAAUCAAAGCCUGCACGUCCAGAUCCUGUUGACAUGGAUGAAGAUGAAAAGGAAAUGCUUUCUGAAGCACGAGCAAGAUUAGCAAAUACUAGGGGAAAGAAGGCAAAAAGGAAAGCCAGAGAGAAACAACUUGAAGAGGCUAGGAGGCUUGCUUCGCUUCAAAAAAGGAGGGAGCUAAAAGCUGCUGGGAUUGAUACUCGACAUCGGAAGAGAAAGAGAAAAGGAAUAGAUUACAAUGCUGAAAUUCCUUUCGAGAAAAGGCCUCCUCCAGGAUUUUUUGAUGUUAGUGGGGAAGAUAGACCAGUGGAACAGCCCAAAUUUCCAGCAACAAUUGAAGAGCUUGAAGGCAAAAGAAGGAUUGAUGUAGAAGCUCAAUUAAGAAAGCAAGAUAUUGCAAAGAAUAAAAUUGCUCAGAGACAAGAUGCUCCAUCAGCUGUACUGCAAGCAAAUAAGCUGAAUGACCCAGAAAUGGUUAGGAAAAGAUCUAAACUUAUGCUUCCUGCACCUCAAAUUUCAGACCAUGAAUUGGAGGAAAUUGCAAAGAUGGGAUAUGCUGGUGAUCUUCUUGCUGGUAGUGAAGAGCUUGCCGAAGGAAGUGGUGCUACACGAGCUCUGCUUGCAAAUUAUGCCCAGACAUCACGACAAGGAAUGACACCUUUUCGAACUCCGCAGAGGACGCCGGCUGGGAAGGGUGAUGCUAUAAUGAUGGAGGCAGAAAACCUUGCUAGGCUGAGAGAAUCUCAGACUCCAUUAUUGGGAGGAGAGAAUCCAGAGCUGCAUCCUUCAGAUUUUUCAGGGGUCACCCCAAGGAAAAAGGAGAUUCAAACACCAAAUCCGAUGCUCACACCCUCAGCAACUCCUGGUGGUGUUGGUCUUACUCCUCGAAGUGGCAUGACACCAGCUAGGGAUGCUUACUCGUUUGGUAUGACUCCAAAAGGAACACCUAUUAGAGAUGAGUUACAUAUCAAUGAAGAUAUGGAUGCACAUGAUAGUGCAAAACUUGAGUCUCAAAGACAAGCUGAUUUGAGGAGGAAUCUUAGCCUAGGAUUAGGCAAUCUUCCACAGCCUAAGAAUGAGUACCAGGUAGUUAUGCAACCAAUUCCAGAAGACAAAGAAGAACCAGAGGAGACGAUUGAAGAGGAUAUGUCUGACAGGAUUGCUAGAGAACGAGCUGAGGAAGAAGCAAGGCAGCAGGCUUUGCUUCGGAAAAGAUCUAAAGUGCUACAGAGGGAGCUUCCUCGGCCUCCUACUGCUUCCUUGGAACUUAUUAGAAAUUCCUUGAUCGCUGAUGGAGACAAGAGUUCAUUUGUACCACCUACCCCUAUUGAGCAGGCUGAUGAAAUGGUAAGAAAGGAACUUCUUGCUUUGCUAGAGCAUGAUAAUGCGAAGUACCCGAUCGAUGAAAAGGUCAACAAGGAGAAGAAGAAAGGUUCCAAGCGCUCUGGAAAUAGACCUACUGCAGCCAUCCCCACAAUAGAUGAUUUUGAAGUAACUGAGAUGGAAGAGGCUGAUUAUUUGAUAAAUGAAGAGGCCCGGUAUUUGUGUGUUGCAAUGGGGCAUGAAAAAGAAUCCUUAGAUGAGUUUGUGGAAGCGCACAAAACCUGCUUGAAUGACCUUAUGUACUUCCCCACUAGAAAUGCUUAUGGACUUUCCAGUGUUGCUGGAAACCACGAGAAACUAGCCGCCUUGCAGGAUGAGUUUGAGUAUGUUAAAAUGAAAAUGGAUGACGAUACUGAGAAGGCUGUCCGGUUGGAGAAGAAGGUUAAAGUUCUCACACAUGGCUAUGAGACACGGUCAAAACAAAGCCUUUGGCCACAAAUUGAGGCAACGUUCAAGCAGAUAGACACUGCAGCAACAGAGCUGGAGUGCUUUGUGGCUCUUCAAAAGCAAGAGAUGUCAGCUGCUUCGCACAGGAUUAGUGGUAUCUCAGAGGAGGUUCAGAAACAAAAAGAGCUGGAGAGAACUCUGCAGCUACGUUAUGGUAAUCUUUUGGCGGACUUGGAAAAGAUCCAGAAAAUCAUGGAUGAUCGCAAGGCACUGGCACAAAAGGAGGAAGAAAUCGCAGCGGAGAGUCGCGCUCUUCAGUUGGCGGAGGCUGAGGCUAAUCAAUCGGUUGGAGAAAAAGCUGAUAAUAGUUAUGAAUCCAUGUCUGCAUCAGCAACAGUCAAUUGUGAAAACUCUAUGCCCGUUACCUCAGCCCCCAAUGAAUUAACGGGCGAGCAACUGAACUUGUCCGUGAGACAUGAACAUGGCACAUCUAAUGCCAUGGAUAUCGACGCAGAGAAAGAAAGUGCAGCGGUGAGCUCAGAUAUUGGCUUAACUGAUGACAAACUACCUUCUGCAGUGGAAGAGAAUGCAUCACUGCCUGACAAUGGCUUUGAAGAUUCUGAUAAAAGUCGAACCAUUGAUGCUCCUUCUCAAGAACUCUUGGGCCCUCAUGCAAAUGGCUCUCCAGACUCCAUUACCGUGGAAAAUAAGAUCAGCAAUGAUUCAGUUGAUCGAGAAGCUAUUCAAAAUGUUGAGUGUAGUACCAAUAAUGUGGAGGAAGUCGAAGAUGUUGAAACUCAGCAGCUUAACACUGAAGCUGAAAACUCAGAGUUUCAUUUGACUAAUCUUGAUUCUUCUGCUGCACCUGCAUCUUCUAAUGAGGAUGGCCCUCGUAACGAAGGGGAAGCAACGGAAUAGAACGUCUAGAUGAUGUAGAUGAUUCGGGUUGUGUCGGCUUGUUUUUCUGGUAGGAUAAGAGAGAGGAAGAGUUGUUGAUUUCAUGAAAUAGUGUUAUAAAUUCAAUGUGUAAGAAGAGAAGAGAAGAGAAGCUGGGAUUGUGACCGCCAUAGGGGUUGAGAUCUAAAUUCCCAUUGGAAAGCUGCUUGUUGACAGUGUAUUCUUUGAAGGCAGAGAUGAACUUUAAGAUGAUGCACAAGAUUUGUAUUCCUUUGUUUUUAUAGGAUUUUCUUUUAAGAAAUAUCUUAUGAAAGCUUCAUAUGCAAGAGGAGUUUUGAUGACA